UAGAUUAAACGUAUUAAAAUUUCAAACUUGAUACUGAUUGUUGGUGCGAAAAAAAAACUUUUUCCCCUCUUUUUGCUGUCUUCAUAGAAAGUGGACGAGUUGGCACUUUGUGUAAUAAGGGAAAACUGUAAAGGUAAGGGGGCAUCUUUGGUUUGGUAGCAGCAGCACUUAAUUUUAAUUGAUUACUUCAGCCGAGGGCCUCUUUUGUGUGGCUUUUUUACUGAUGCUGCGCAGCUCACCAGUCUUAAAGUCACUUCAAGUCGCUUCAUUAAAGUAAACUGCGGACCUCCUAGCUCAAUCAAUUCAAUCCUCCUCUUCUGUAUCUAUCAUUCUUUCUUUCUUUUUUCUCAUUUCUUUUCUCUAUUACUUUUUUGUAUCUGGGUCACCCGUGCUUUCAUUCACCAUAAUUUUAGCCCAGCAAGCAACAAAAAUCAGUGAAAUAAUAAUAAUUUCUUCUAAACUACGAGAAAGAACAAGAGCCUCCGCGGAGUGUAUGGGCACUUUUGAAGGACCAACUUUAAUGUUGCUGCCAGCACCAUAACUACUAACACACAAAUAUGUAUUUGUUGUUACCGCACAAUCCCAUUUUUCAACAACACAACUUAUGCAACCUUUACCAUGGUUUCUCUGGAUUACCAAAGUGCGGAUGUUUCGAGUCUCGCAGCGGAAAAACAACAAAGUUGGCAUCAAAUUAGAAAUAGAGCCGGAUUAUAUCAAGUCCACAUAACAAAGCUAAAUUGGCCCUGCUACUAUUGAUUUUGUAUUAUUAUUUCUGUCGUGAUUGUUACCUCUCUACUCUAGCAAAACAAGGGCAACUAAGUUAGGCCGCCCUGAUUUUAUUAAAAUGCUGAAUGGUUGUUAUGCCAACUCCUCUUUUCUUGUUUUUGCUUUCCCGUCCAUCAGCAAGCAAUUUGUAUCCGGCGUUCCAUGAGGAGCCUGCAGAUCAAACUGUUAUUUGUCCGGCAACUGGAACUGGAAACUGAAACUAGUUGCACACAGACGAACGCAGAAAUAAGUUUACACGCGUCAAUGAGACGACCAAAAUCUAGCCGACUUUCAGCAGAUUUCAUGAGAUGAUCUGCUGCAUAUGGCGAGAAACGACGAGACCAACAUUGCUGGUCAAAAGUUCUUUAAUGAGAUAAAUGUUUAUAUGGAAAAAAUCCCUUCUGGUCAUCGUUGUAAAGUCAUUUGUUGUACCAUUGGUUGAAUCUUUGUACCAUCAAGCAAGCAGAUGAUUUGGAAGCAAAUCUGCCUUACCGAGCCAAAAACAACACAAAAUGUGUCCGUUUCUAAGUGUCCAUUGUUAUGCUUGCCGUAUCUAUGUUUUUUAUUGAUAUAACUCCUUAAAAAUAUCUGGCAACAAAUAAGUCCAGGACCGACAGUUUUAUCUGGUUAUCAUUGUUUCAAUACAGAACUCAAGUGUCGGUUAUUUAUUAUUAUUGGUAUUAUUAUCGACAGAUGUUUGUCACGAUCUACUCCAACAAAUAUACAUACUGAGAAGUACCAAACAAACUCUUUGUAAUUUUAUAACAAGACUCUUCAGAAAACAAGAUUCUUGGGUUAUUUAUCAUUCAGAAAACAAUAUUCUUGGGUUACUUAACGUUUUCAUCAUUCGAUGGGCGGAAAAAUAACGGUAAAAAUUACGAUAACGAUUACAACUUAAAUUAAUGGCAAUGUUAAAUUGAACAAUCAUCACCAGAAGCCGGCUAAACUUCAACUGAGAGGAGUUCUCGUUCUGGUUGCGAUGCUGUUUAUCGUAAUUGUGAGCUGUCUCGUGUCACCAACUGUAGCUGCCUACACCAAUCCCACAACUAACAUCAUCAAAAUCGGUGCAGUUUUUGAAAAGGUGGCCGUGAACAGGACUGUUAUCCGCCAGGCCAUAGACGACAUCAACUCCAACUCCAGGAUCCUCGGAGGCAGAAGACUCCAGCUACUAACUCAGUUCUUCGAUGACCUAGAUCCCGUUGGCGCCGUCAGAGCAGUUUGUGAUUGGCUGGAUGACCAGGGAAUCACCACCCUCGUUUCGGCCACUUCAUGUGCCACAUCAGUGGCCCUUCAGGCCAUUAUGGCUCGGGUGUCCAUACCCCACCUCCGGAUCCCAACCCCCACCAACUACUGUGAUUUCUCCCCCUACCCCAAUUUGACAGCCAUGACCUUGAGCAUUGAUCCAUCGAUGGAGAACACAAACAAAGCUCUGAGGGAUAUCGUGUAUGGCCAAAAGUGGGACCAACAAGGAAAAGCUAUAGUUGUUUUCUUCGACGAUUCACUCGACUGUCAGAAAAGUCAAUCAGUAAAAGCGGCUCUGGUAGGGUUGCCCCGGCUGACAUUCUUUCACACCGCCUUCAACACCACCCCAUCCUCCUCCCUCUCCCCCGCCUCAACAUCAUCUCCACCUUCGUCGUCGUCCUCUUCCUUCUCUAAUAACCCAGCCACCGAGCUCAUUCUGCAGGCCCUCAAAGCAGACUCCACUGCGGAGUAUGUGUUCAUAGCUCUGGGGUCAGAAGCGGCCGUGACUGGAAUUUUCAAACAGGCUAUCGCUACAGAUCUGGUUUCAGGAAGCAUCACAUGGGUCCUUUCCACACCGCAAGGACUCAACUUCACCCAGCUGCCUGCGAGGAGCACUUCGGCGACAGUGACUGUGUUGCGCCCUUCUGUUCAGAGGAGCAGCUUCAAUGACCUCCCCUCUUCUAUCAACUCAUUCAACCAGGCACUCGCACUCACCCAGCGUCCAACUUUGGUUCUUCAGGCCUUGGACAAAGACGUUUACGAUGCAAUGUCUUACGUUGCAACUGCCAUUCACACUUUGGGGGACAAAGUUACUCUUCCCCAGAAAAACAACUUCACAUGUUGGCCCGCAGACAACAGUCGUGGGGGGUCAGUAUCGUCGGGGGGAUACAAUCCUGGGACAUCAGGGGGGCUAUAUAGCAACUCCCCAAACCAAUGGAGUGGCGGAAAACAACUAUACAACAAUCUGCGAGCGACCCUGGAUAACGGCAACUUCGUCCAGACAUUCAUGGGUCAGUCGGGGUCCAGUUCGAAGCAAGAGCGAGCAGUGCCCAUGUUCGACAUCUUCACUUUUAAUCAGACCUCGUUCCAGUGGAACUCCACGGGAACUUGGACUCCCUCCGAGGGACUGAGAGCAGACGCCUCCGCUUUCUCCAGCUACACGGGACUGCAGGGACGCACGCUACGUAUUGUCACUGUUGCCGAGAACCCGUUCAUGAAGAGGUCAACGGUCGAUGGCGGCGGUGCGAACAGUUCAGUGGUAUACAGUGGCUUCUGCUACGACCUCCUUCUGGCCAUCUCGGAGGCACUGGACUUCCGCUUCGAGAUCUACGACGUCCAGGGCUACGGCAAGAUGCAGCAGGGGCAGUGGAAGGGAGCCGUGGGCGAAGUAGUAAACAAGCAAGCGGACAUGGCCGUAAGUGGCAUGACUAUCAUAGCAGAGAGGGAGAAAUACGUGGACUUCUCAGUGAGGUACAUGGACUACGGGGUCGGCAUCAUCCUCUCCAAACCCAAACCCACUUCUGCAAACAUACUUGGAUUCCUGAGUCCCCUGACAUACGAGGUGUGGGGUUGCAUUCUACUGGCGAUUAUCUUCGAGGGGGGCGUAUUGCUUUUCAUCACCAAAGUCAGUCCCUACACUAAGUACACUGCCGCAGAGGCCGAGGAGUCAGACCGGGAGAAGUUCAAGGUCAAGAACUCCUUCUGGUUCACCAUGUCAUCCGUACUCCAGCAAGUAGUCGCUCUGGUGAAGUCGGGCCCGGAAGACCAACCGCGGACUCUGAGUGGGCGGGUGUUGGCCAUGUUCUGGUACUUUUUCACCCUCAUCAUGGUGGCCACCUACACUGCCAAUCUGGCCGCCUUUCUCACCAUCACCCGACUGGACACUCCGAUACAGAGUCUGGAAAACCUAGUGGACCAGAGUAUAGUGAACUAUGGAACAGUUUACGACUCUUCAGUGUACUGGGCCUUCAGUGAGCAGAGCGACAGCAAUGUGUUAUACGAGAGGAUAGCCUCCUACUUCAACAAGACACCAGCCGACAAGCGAGUGGCCACGUCAGAAGACGGAUUUCAACGGGUGAAGAAGGAGAAAUUUGCGUUCAUGUGGGAUGAGCCAGUGCUGCAGUACAUGGCGGCCACUGAGUGUGAUGAUUACAUGACAGUUGGGAAGCCAUUCCUCCUCAAGGGAUACGGCAUCGCCUUGCAGAGAGGGGUACCUUACCGGGAGGACGUCAACAAUGUUAUUCUGGCGCUGCAGGAGUCUGGCAAACUGGACAAGAUGAGGCGGAAGUGGUUCGAGCCCAAAAGCAGCUGUGCCGGGGGAGACUCCUCUAAGGGGUCCAGCAUCACAGGCAUCCAAAUCAAAAAUGUGGCUGGUGUGUUCUUCGUACUGGUGCUCGGAUCGAUUCUCUCGGUGGCCGCAGCCAUGGGUGAAUUGAUUUGGUACAAACUCGUGAACCAAAGAGGCACAGGAAGCGCAUCUUCAAAGGGAUCCUCUGGUGCACAUGAUGCGGUGGACGAGUCUUUACUAUCAAAGAAAGAAUUGUUCGGCUACAAUACAGAAAUGAAUGCAGUUUAUGAUGCUUCUGGAUACCACGUGAAUAUGACUCAUCUGAAUCAUAAUAUGAACCAGAAUCAGUAUCCGGGGAGCGGGGGCAUGAUGAACCAGCAGGGCCCCAAUAACCCCCCGGCUAAUAAGUGGGCCCCAGGACUGAAUUUCAACAUGCUAAAUGCUGCUGCUGCCGCCGCCAAUGGGUCUGUGUACCACCCAAAAACAACCACAUCACUUCAAGCUAACAUCGCCACUCCACAUAUGCACGCAGCCUCAAAUAUUGACAACAACAACUAUUACGGAGCGGGAGGAUAUUCUUCUAUGCCCCCUCACUCCCAGCAGCAACAACAACAACAACAACAACAACAACAACAACAACAACAACAACAACAACAACAACAGCAGCAGCAGCAGCAGCAGCAGCAGCAGCAGCAGCAGCAGCAACAACAACAACAAAGCUUCGGCAGCAGACCUCCCCUACCCCCUCCUCCGCUAAAUGCACCAGUGGCGUCAGCAGCCACUCUGUCCCUUCCCCGCCAGAACAGUAAUUCACAGGUGCUCAGUCCCCCGCCCGGACCCUACUACACCCCCAUGACUGCAACAGUGGGGGUCAACCACCACGCCAACAACACCACCAGACCCAGCAGUCGUCAGUCGGUAGGAGGGGUCGGUGGAGGAGUAAAAGAGAGCGGAAGUCAGAGGGAGGCCACUGUAUGAUCAUCGCAAGAUGCAAACAACACAAAAAAUAAACAAUUGCAAAAUCUUUUGUAAGCAGUAACUAAGUAAAAGCAUAAAAGGUUAGCUUCUUUUCCAGCGAACAACGAGC